CCCGUGUGGAUCACGGACGGAGCAAGACAGUGGGCGGCUAACGAAACGUUAGCACAAUUGGACGAUGGCCGCCUCAAAGCCGGUCGAACCGCAGUCCGGGAGCGGAUUACCACGCUGGCAGCUGGCGCUGUUGGUCGGUACCCCGAUAGUCCUCGGGGUCGGGGCGAUUUACCUGUGGAACCGCAGGAGGACGAAGGACGGACCGAGGAAAGGAAACGAGGAGAGGAAGACUCCGGAGGGCAGCGCCAGCCCCGUGCAGGGCCAAGACGGCGAGCACGACAACAUGAGUCCCCUGGACCGGGCCCAAGCAGCAAAGAACAAAGGUAACAAGUACUUCAAGGCCACCAAAUAUGACCAGGCCAUCCAAUGCUACACAGAGGCCAUUGCCCUCUGCCCCACAGAUCAAAAGGCUGAUUUGUCAACCUUUUACCAGAACAGAGCAGCAGCCUAUGAACAGCAGAUGAAAUGGAAAGAAGUGGUGCUGGACUGUUCUCAGGCUGUUGAACUUAAUCCACGCUAUAUCAAAGCUCUGUUCAGGAGGGCCAAGGCUCUGGAAAAACUAGAUAACAAGAAGGAGUGUCUGGAGGAUGUCACAGCGGUAUGUAUUCUCGAAGCCUUCCAGAACCAGCAGAGCAUGUUGCUAGCAGACAAGGUAUUGAAAUCACUGGGAAAAGAGAAGGCCAAAGAGAAAUACAAGAACCGUGAGCCAUUGAUGCCUUCUCCUCAGUUUAUCAAGUCCUACUUCAGCUCAUUCACUGAUGACAUCAUCUCCCAGCCUUUACAGAAGGGAGAGAAGAAAGAUGAAGACAAAGACAAGGAAGGCGAAGCAGCUGAGGUUGCAGAGAGCUCUGGCUAUCUGAAGGCCAAGCAGUACAUGGAGGAGGAGAACUAUGACAAAAUCAUCAGUGAAUGCACCAAGGAGAUAGAGUCAGGAUGCCGAUACACUGCAGAGGCCUUGCUGCUGCGUGCCACAUUCUACCUGCUUAUUGGUAACGCUACUGCUGCUCAACCUGAUCUGGAUCGGGUUAUCAACAUGCAGGAUGCCAAUGUGAAGCUCCGCGCCAAUGCCUUGAUCAAACGUGGCAGCAUGUACAUGCAGCAGCAACAGCCUCUGCUCUCAACGCAAGAUUUUAACAUGGCAGCUGAGAUUGACACACGUAACGCUGAUGUCUACCAUCACAGGGGACAGCUGAAGAUCCUGCUUGACCAAGUUGAUGAGGCAGUGGGAGACUUUGAUGAAUGCAUUCUGCUCAGACCUGACUCAGCUCUAGCCCAGGCACAGAAGUGCUUUGCCCUUUACAGACAGGCAUAUACUGGAAACAACCCAGCCCAAGUGCAGACAGCAAUGGAUGGCUUUGAGGAUGUCAUCAGAAGAUUCCCAAAAUGUGCUGAGGGCUAUGCUCUGUAUGCUCAGGCUUUGACUGAUCAGCAACAAUUUGGAAAAGCAGAUGAGAUGUAUGACAAGUGCAUUGACCUGGAACCAGACAAUGCUACCACAUAUGUCCACAAGGGUUUGUUGCAGCUUCAGUGGAAACAAGACCUUGAUUUGGGUUUGGAGCUGAUCGGCAAAGCAAUUGAGAUUGACAACAAAUGUGACUUUGCAUAUGAAACCAUGGGAACCAUUGAAGUUCAGAGAGGCAACCUUGACAAGGCAAUAGAAAUGUUCAACAAGGCCAUUAACCUAGCCAAAUCGGAGAUGGAAAUGGCCCAUUUGUACUCAUUGUGUGAUGCCGCUUAUGCCCAGACAGAAGUUGCUCGAAAGUAUGGGCUGAAGCCUCCAACACUAUAACUUCUCUGUCAAUCAGUCGCCAAUCCUAAUAUCUAUUGCUGAACCUGAUUUGUGUUAAAACUGCAACUGAAGGGUUUGUUUGUUUGUUUAAAGAAAAAGAAAAGAAUACUGGCUAAGAAAAAAUGAUAUCUGGACUUAUGCUGUUUACAUUACAUGGAAGUGGUUUGCUACUUUGGAAAGAUUGGUUACUGUUCACAGUCAAACGAAGGCUGUCAUCCAGGCCUAUUGUAGACUUGUGGGGUAAAAGAUCUUAACCAGCGCAACCCUUUUGCUCACACUCAAUUUGACCUUAACAACAGACCCUUUUUAUUGCCCAUGUACCCCAGUAUUGUCUCUAUAGAAAGAUAUUCUGUCAUUCAAAAAGAAAAACUCGUGAAUGGCUGUGUACUUCCCUUUGUCCACUAGUAAUUUUACAACUAUAUGCACAAGAAAAGAGAGCUGAGAUAUCGUCAGUCUGUUCAACCCAUUGAUGACUAAUGCAUUUAUGAUGAUAUUUUUAAAUCUACAGAAAAUGCUGUGAGAGCUUUAUAUAGUUCUAAUGGACUGUUCACUUAUUAAGUUAUGUUGACAUUAUUCUCAACAAGUGUUUUUGUCCAGCUGCUUCCAUAUUCUAAAAUACAUUAUCAAAUGGCAAAUGCAAGAUGGAAAUUAGUCAAUUAUGUAAUGAUGUUGGUGUUUGAUGUAAUGCUGUAUUGAAUCAUGGUUUAACGGUAUACACAGAGGUUACGUUUAAAGUUUAGGGUCCUUAAGUGUUUUUUUUUAGUUUUUUUUUUUAUCAUUACUAUUUUUGGAUUGCCCGUUUUCCUUUUUAUAUAUUCUGUACAGCAUGUGAUAUUUCUCUUAAGUGUUAAAGCAAUGCUUGUGCUGAAGUCAACAUCGGAACAUAACUAAAACCCUACCCACUAAAUGGAACUGAGCCUCCAUGGUAUAUGAUUGACAUGAAUUUCACAUUGUAGCAAAUGCUUUUAAUUGUAUUUCUUCCCAAAUUGCCUUUAGUUUAAAGAGAUGUCAAAAGGGAUAGUUGUUUUUUAGAACACUUCAAAGAUAAUUCCUUUUUUUUUUAAAUUUCUUUUCAUAUAAUCUGUGGAAUCUUUAGACUAAGAGUACUCUUAAGAUUGUUUUCUUUUUUCUUUUCCCCACCGCAAGGGACCCUUGCAAACUUUCCCACAAUGCCAGGCCUUAUUGUUGUGGGCCUGUAACCAGCUCUAUGAAUUACUCGCACUGUUUGAACAAGGUGAAACUAGCAUGCUUGAAAAAAAUGACUGCCAUCACUGCCAAGUGUUUAUAAACUCACAGUGUCUUCAUUCUUUACCCCCAUUUUGUGUUUGUGAUGGCUAAACUUGGCUGAUUGUUUUUGCAUCAGUACCAAAGGAUUUCAGUCUACUCUUUAUUAGAAUCAUGUAAACAUCAUUGGUUAAAAAGAAAGGCUAACCUUUAACAAAUGGUUGUGAAGUUUUAAAACAUUUGUGCAUCUGCAGAUAUCUGACAAUAUAUUUUGACUUGUGUCGAGAAACAACGCUAACGUCCUACUCAGUUUGAAACGUCACAACCAAAGUGAAAGAAAUUAUGACCCUAAUAAAGUUAAUUCCUGUAAAAUGA